AUGUGCAUCCGAUUUCUCGCUUUGGGCUUCGUCGUCUUUGUGCAAUUUCAACUCAUUUCUUCGCUGUGAGUUGCUCUACAACUGACAAGUUCUUUUACAUUCCUAUAACAGCUUUAGUUCUGAAUUACUUUCCCUUAAAAAAACUUGAAGUUUUCUUGUUUGUGAAACUUUUUUUUUUGAGUGAUAACUUUCGAAAACUGUGAAGCGUCGCAGAAUUGCUCUUUGUCACGCAUAGUUUGAAAAUUGCACCGUUCAGAAGAUUCACGCGACGAAUAAGAAUAUAACUGGAAAAUAAAGAUGAACCAAAAAAAAAUCGUUAACUUUUCAGACGUUUUUUUCAAAAAAAUCUUAGCUUGCGCCUUUUUCGCUGGCUCAAAAGUAUUCCUUAUGUAUUUGAUAUUUGAAGUUAGAAAAGGCCAUAAGUCUCGAAAAGAGAAAAAAACGUCUUUGAGAGCCAAAAAACUGAGCCUUUGAAAAUUUGGAAAGUAUCUCAUGAUUAUUUUCAGAUACGUCAAACGAGCUUCUGAUUUUGAAGAUCCAAGGUAUUUUUCAUAAAUCAAUAACUUUACACUGAAGUUUUUUAAGGAUGUUCUCCUCUGCAUUUGGUAAAAGAUCCAACGGUGGCUGGGACGAAGACAGGUAAAGGAAUCCUCUAUUGUAUUCUCACUAUAUCCUUUAUUCUCAGAGUGAUUACCGUAGGUCUGCAAAAAAGAAGUAACGACUUCGAAGACCCAAGGUUUUUGCAGUGAAUCGAAGAGAUAGGGAUAAAUUUUUCAGGUUCAUGUCCAUGGCUUUCGGUAAACGUUCAAUGCUGCCUCUCCUAGGCAACCUGCACAGGUUUGGUGCGCUAAUAUAUAUUCCCUAAGUAGAAUAUUUCAAGGUACGCGGUAUUUGAGAAACGAUCGACGGACGUAGAAGAUCCGAGGUACUGGCAGAAACUAUGUCUCUCAACCGUUAACUUAUUUACAGGUUCUUUUCGGGCGCAUUCGGAAGGAAGAAAUAA